ACAUGAUGGACGGGCCAAAAUUAUAAAUUUCUCAUCUCAUUCUCUUGUAGUCAAACAAUCCUUUUCUCCCAACACCAAACUCCCCCUCUUUCCCACCGUUUCUUCUUCCUUGGCCUAUUCUCCAUAUUUCUGCCUUUGCUUGCUCUUGUUAUCUCCUCUGCUUCAAGUGGAUAAAACAGGGGAGGGCUAGACUGGUGGUGGUAACAUACUAAGAUGGCAGAUAGCAGCAGUAUUGAAGAGUUUUCUGUCUCCUCUCAAGAUCACGAGACCACUGCCACUGGUAAAAAAUAUGGAGGACUUGUGCCAAAGAAGAAGCCUUUGAUUUCAAAGGACCAUGAACGUGCCUUCUUUGAUUCCGCAGAUUGGGCUCUAUGCAAGCAAGGUGCAGGAGUUGAUAAGAAAUCAGCAGUUGUUAUUGAGACAUUGCGUCCCAAGUUGCAAAGAACAGCUCAUCAACAACUACCUCCUCGAAGACCUGCUUGUACAUCUUGACAUGUUGGACCUCUGCCCACUUCAGAAUGCUGGUUAUAUAAUGUUCCUGCAGACUAAGUAGAUAAUAUAUACGUUACCCACAAAUGCAUAUUUUGUUUUGCAUAGUUAACUAUAUACUCUCUUCAACUGGAUUUGGAUAUAAUUACAAAUGGCACUUCUAAAAUCUCUCA